AUGUCGGACAAACUAACCAGAAUCGCUAUUGUCAAUGCGGACAAGAAAUGUCGUCAAGAGUGCAAGAAGUCCUGUCCCGUCGUACGCUCCGGCAAGCUUUGCAUCGAAGUCACCUCUGAAUCGAAGAUAGCUUUCAUUUCGGAACGCCUCUGUAUAGGAUGUGGUAUUUGUCCAAAAAAAUGCCCGUUUGGUGCCAUCCACAUCAUCAACCUGCCCACCAACCUCGAGACACAGGUGACCCAUCGGUAUUCAGCCAACAGCUUCAAGCUUCACAGGCUGCCUAUGCCCCGUCCAGGACAGGUUCUGGGUCUGGUUGGAACCAACGGUAUUGGCAAGAGUACCGCUCUCAAAAUUCUUAGUGGAAAGUUGAAGCCAAAUUUGGGCCGUUACGAUAACCCACCUGAUUGGGAGGAGAUCCUGAAAUAUUUCCGUGGUUCCGAAUUACAAAAACUCAACCAAGUCAAGGAUAGAGAUAUUGGUCUCCUGUCUGGUGGAGAACUUCAACGCUUUGCCAUUGCCCUUGUCUGUGUCCAGCAAGCUGAUGUAUACAUGUUCGACGAGCCAUCGUCCUACCUGGAUGUCAAGCAACGUCUUAGCGCGGCUCGUAUUAUCAGAGAACUUCUCCGACCAGACGACUACGUCAUUGUAGUUGAGCACGAUUUGUCUGUCCUGGAUUACCUUUCCGAUUUUAUUUGCGUACUCUAUGGCCGGCCAGCUGUGUAUGGUGUCGUCACUCUCCCUUCUUCGGUUCGGGAAGGCAUCAACAUUUUCUUGGAUGGGCACAUCCCCACAGAGAACCUGCGAUUCCGCGAAGAAUCCCUUACCUUCCGUAUCGCGGAAGCUGGGGACGACUUCAUAGCCGACAAAGGCAGAGCUUUUAGCUACCCAAAGAUGGAAAAGACCUUGGGUAGCUUUCAUCUCACCAUCGAGCCUGGGAAAUUCACCGAUUCCGAAAUCAUUGUAAUGAUGGGAGAGAACGGGACCGGGAAAACAACAUUUUGCAGAAUGCUUGCUGGAGCGGAGAAACCAGAUGGCCGCACAUCCGUCCCUCCUAUGAACAUCAGCAUGAAACCACAGAAAAUCACACCUAAAUUCCAGGGUACUGUUCGACAAUUGUUCUUCAAGCGCAUAAAAGCAGCUUUCUUGUCUCCUCAGUUCCAAACCGACGUCUAUAAGCCGCUCAAGAUUGAUGACUUCAUCGACCAGGAAGUCCAAAACCUGUCCGGUGGUGAAUUGCAACGUGUUGCUAUAGUUCUCGCUCUUGGCAUCCCAGCUGAUAUCUAUGUAAUUGAUGAACCCAGCGCCUACUUGGACUCUGAGCAGCGUAUCGUCGCUGCACGAGUCAUCAAGCGUUUCAUCAUGCAUACCAAGAAAACGGCUUUUAUCGUCGAGCACGAUUUCAUCAUGGCAACCUAUCUUGCUGACCGUGUUAUCGUCUUCGAUGGUAAGCCAUCCGUCGAUGCCAAAGCCAAUACCCCGGAAUCCCUUUUGACCGGAUGCAACAAAUUCCUGAAAAAUCUGGACGUGACCUUCCGUCGCGAUCCAAACAGCUACCGGCCACGAAUCAACAAGCACCAUAGCCAACUUGACCAAGAACAGAAAUUAAACGGAAAUUAUAAGAGAGUUGAAAAGGGCAUCCCACGAGAUCAUGACCGUGAUGGUCCCCACAAGCGGCGACGACGACAACGUAAACGACACUUGGGUAAAAACGGCGUUGAUGUGCUAGCAUUUUCCGGCGUUAGCAAAAGCGCUGGUCGCCGAAAGGGCGGACGCAGCUCCCUAGGUCUUCCUGAUGAGGAGUCAUCAGCUGAUGAGGACGAUGAUGAUGACGACAAUAGAGCCUGCUGA